ACACGUGAUUGUCUGAUCAGUAAUUAAAGAGAGCUAAAAUGGCUGCAGGUAGCUAUCAAGUAGAUGUUGUGCUGGACGCCAAGGCACAGAUAGGAGAGGGUCCCGUCUACGAGGAGGAGACUAAUGAGCUAUUGUGGGUGGACAUACCUGGGAAGACCAUCAACUUCCUCAACCUCAAGGACUUCAGUAACAGGCGACUGCAAUUUACCAAGACAGUAGGAGCUGUAAUACCUUGCAAGACUGGAUCUAAUCUAAUAGCUGUAUUGGGACAAUCUGUAUGUAUGGUGGAUCGUACUACUGGCGACGUUAAAGAGUUGUGCUCAGUCCAACGCGAAAAGGAAACGACUCGUUUUAAUGACAGCAAGUGCGAUAAGUCAGGAAGGCUUUGGUGUGGAACUAUGGCGAUGGAAACAGCCCCUGGCGUCUUGGAAGAAAAGCAAGGGAACCUUUACUCAUUUGACGGAAUUGGAGGCCUUCAUCAUCAUGUAUCAGAGGUUACGAUAUCAAAUGGGCUGGAAUGGAGUCUGGAUAACACUACCAUGUAUUACAUUGAUUCUAUACCUUGUGAGGUGUAUUCAUUUAAGUAUGAUGAGUUGACUGGUCAAAUUUCUGAUAAGAAAGUCAUUAUUGAUUACUCUACUGAUAAAGCACUUGGUCUCCCUGAUGGCAUGUGUAGGGACAGUGAAGGAAAGCUAUGGAUUGCUAGUUACAAUGGCGGCUGUGUUACCAGGUGGGACCCUAACACUGGAGAAAGGAUGAUGCAGAUACCUCUCCCAGCUAGGAGGAUAACCUCUUGCUGCUUUGGUGGGAGUGAUUACAGUACUCUGUACGUCACCAGUGCUUCCUCUGGAGCUAGUCCUGAGGAGCUCUCCCAGUAUCCAUUGUCUGGAGCACUGUUUGCUAUCAGGGGCUUGCCUGUUAAUGGACUCCCUUCUAACAAGUUUGAUAACUCAAAAAUUAAUAUAUAAGACUCUAUGCUUGUUUUUGAAGUGGUUUCUUUCUAUGAAUAUUUUUACUUUGCAAAUUUA